UCCCCGCCGCGCGUUUCCUCUGCGAGCAGCUCGCGCGCAGGGCGGCGGGGAUCCUCCUGCGCCCCAGGGGUCAGAUGCUCUCUCCAGAGCGUUCGUUCACGAUAAAGUAAAACUCGGGCACUUCGCAUGCUACACAUCUCUCUUCAUCUUCCAAGGUGGCUGAGGUGGCCGGCAGAGUGGGCCGCCCAGGUGGAGAUCUUCGGAAGCUGCUCGUUCUGCUUCCUGCAAGAUGGGUGACUCCUUGGACAAGAUGGGUGACUCCUUGGACAAGAUGGGUGACUCCUUGGAGCAGCUAGCUGCACCGCCGUCACCCUGGAAUUUGUUGUUGCCAUGACCCUUAGGGUUACCUUCGUCUCGGGCACGGGGAGCGCCUUUUGUUCUCGUCAGCUUUUUCUUCAGAGGCAGCAUCACAGAAACGUGCUUGCCGCCACCCAGUGACUUCGUGGCACCAGAGAAGGCAAACUGAUGACCCUCAGGCGCCUGGGAAGAAGGAAACACUGGUGGUGUCCCGAGCCGAGCUGGGAAAACGGCCUUUUCCCCCGAAGCCAAGGACCUGACUGUGCUUUGAAAUGCUGAGGAAGUUGCAGUGGCGUUUUUCCCCCCAUCCCACGAAGUACUUACUCUUGCUUCUCGUUUUCUCCCUAGUCACCUUCUCUGUUUUAAGAAUUCAUCAGAAGGCCGACUUUGUCAGCAUCAGCCAUUUGCAACUGACUGACGAGAAUCCCAGUGACCAUAUUAACUGUACCAAAGUGCUGCAGGGCGAUGCAGAUGAGGCCCAAAGGGCGAGGCUGGAAAUGCUAACAGUGGCAUUUAGAAAGCGUCCGCGGCUCACCACCUUCGACUACAUCCGCAUGACCAGGGACUGCGCCUCUUUCAUCAAGAGGCGCAAGUACCUGGUGGAACACCUGAGCCAGGAAGAGGCCGCCUUUCCAAUUGCCUAUUCCAUCGUGGUUCACCACAAGAUCGAGAUGUUCGACAGGCUGCUGAGGGCCAUCUACACGCCGCAGAAUGUCUACUGCGUUCACGUGGACCGAAAAUCCGAGGAGUCCUUCUUGGCUGCUGUGUCGGGCAUCGCAUCGUGUUUCGGUAACGUCUUCGUGGCCAGCAAGCUGGAGAACGUGGUGUAUGCUUCCUGGAGCCGGGUGCAGGCCGACCUCAACUGCAUGAAGGACCUGUAUGGGAUGGGUGCAGACUGGAAGUACUUGAUAAACCUGUGCGGCAUGGAUUUCCCUAUUAAAACCAACCUGGAGAUUGUCCAGAAGCUCAGGUCCUUACGGGGGCAGAACAGCCUGGAGACGGAGCCCAUGCCGGCCAAUAAAGAGGAAAGGUGGAAGAAGCAUUACGAAGUCGUGGAUGGGACGCUCACAAAGACCGGGCUCGACAAAGCCCGGCCUCCUCUCAAAACACCCAUGUUUUCCGGCAGCGCGUAUUUUGUGGUGCGCAGGGACUAUGUGGGUUACGUGCUAGAAAAUGAAAACAUCAGAAAGUUUAUGGAGUGGGCGCAAGACACCUACAGCCCUGAUGAGUAUCUCUGGGCCACCGUUCAGAGGAUUUCGGACGUCCCGGGCGCACUGCCCUCGAACCGUAAAUAUGACAUGUCUGACAUGCACGCCAUCGCCAGGUUCGUCAAGUGGCACUACUUCGAGGGCGACGUUGCCCAGGGGGCUCCCUACCCGCCCUGCAGCGGCGUCCACGUGCGCUCCGUGUGCGUCUUCGGAGCUGGAGACUUGAACUGGAUGUUGCGCCAGCACCACUUGUUUGCCAACAAGUUUGAUACCGAUGUCGACUUCUUUGCUGUGCAGUGCUUGGAUGAGCAUCUGAGGCAGAAGGCCUUGGAGCCCUUAAGACGCUUCCGUGGUAGGUGAUUAGAGACCCUGUACGAGAACUCAGCAUCCCAAGAGCUGAGACGGACACUUCGGGAGGCAGGGAUUCGCCCAAGUCUGUAUACCAGGGAAUCGCCACGUGUUCAUCAGAGGAGAAUCUGGCUGUGCAGCAUUACGCCUGCGCUGGAGUUGAAGUGAGGGGUCGAUGGGACUCAAGGUUUUGAUGGAGGAGAAUGUGCAGAUCUCUGAUUAGGUUGACUGGUUUGUGGAAGGGGGCGUGGUGAUGAGGCGGAAGAGGCGGUGCCUGGAGAGACCUGGUAGAAAGGGCGGGGCACAAAACAACUUGCUCAGGGAUUUAAAAAAAACAAACCAGAAAAGUGGGUGAAGGGAGACCUCGGAUAGGGCAAGACAUGACAAA